UGCUCUGAGAAAUAGUUGUUGGCCGUGUACUUAUUCGUAACAAGGGUUGUGUAGAGAAAAGAGGCUAUUUUCAUCAGCCAAAUGGAACUGUUUGAUUCUACAAAUAGAUAUUUGUGAAACUGUGUUUAGGCUUUACUAGGGUGCUUCAGUUCAUUACACAAUUACCGUAAUAAUGACAGUGAUGGGCAGAGUGCAGUAAAAUUAUAUUAUAGUCAUUAUUGCUAAUUAGUUACUUAAAAGAAUCUCCUUAGGAACGGACGUUUCCUUCAUAUAUUCCAUAGUUCCUUUCUGUUAGUAAUAUUUGCAGUGAGUGUGGAAUUCGUCCAGAACUUACCUAGAGCAGCUACAACUGGAUGUUUACUAAUUUGAGAGAUGCCGCUCCCAGCAGCUUUACUUGCGCGUCUCGCCCAGCGCGGAUUGGUGAAAAGUGCAGUUGAUCGUGACAGGGACGAACAUCGAGGAGUACGGGAAGUGCCGGAUAUCGCGAUUCCAGUCCAUAGAAGUGUCAACAUCCACAAUGAUCCACCUGAGGAAGAAGAAGAAGAGGUAUUUGCAGAAGAUUAUGACACAGCCAGCGGGGCCGUCGAGAUCGGACCUCGACUGCCACGAGCACUCGAGCAAGCCAGACGACCACCUCAUGAGCCGUUAGGAGCCCCUGCAGCAGGGUGUCCCAAUAAAUGGAAUGCCCAUCAUCGAUGCCUUGUCUGGUGUGCAAAACGAUGGGGAAAUGGUGUGCCUGAAGAAAGUCCGGCUAUGGCACGAAAACGUCUUAGAAUGCUGCGUAAAUACCCACUGCCGCCAAAAUGGUCCGAAGAAUAUGACCCUGGGACUGGGCGUUACUACUACUGGCAUAGAGAUGGCAAGCAGGUUUCUUGGUUGAGCCCCGGUCAUCCUCGUGCCCAAAUUACGAUACCAGCACAAAAGUUCCGAGAAGUCUUAAGUGCCGGAGAUGAUGACGAAGAAUCAGCUGAUUCAGGAUCAGAAGUUGAGGAAGACGACGAAGCGGAGGCCGAUGAUGAUGUCCCGGUAUUUCGAAAACAGAAAACUUCAGUUGGAGGAUCAGUACGAAGGGGCAACGGUCCACCAAUUGGCGUUGGCGGUGACCGUAAACGAAAACGCGGUGGCGGAGGCGACUCCGGAGCCCUGGAUCCAAUGGAUCCUUCGUCAUAUUCGGAUGCUUGUCCUAGGGGAGGAUGGUCAGCUGGGUUGGAAAGGGAAAGCGGAGGCGAUAGAGCAGCUGAUCAUACUGCAUCAGGACCUCUGUUUCAACAACGGCCGUACCCAUCUCCAGGAGAUGUGCUCCGAAUGAACAAAACCAAGGACUGAUUUUACGAAAAACCCGAAAGCUGCGCAUGAACUUGUAUUAGGAAGAUUAGUAUACUGUACGAACAUUUUUGAGCUCAUGCCUGAAGUAAAUAGCAAAAUGAACAGAGCUGAUAUGUUUGCGAUGAUGAUAACGAUGUGAAAUCACAUUUUUGAAACAAGUGUAGUACAUGUGUCGAUGGAUAUAUUUCGUAAUGUGUCAAAAAGACAGCGAUUUUGCCUGUUUAUGUUUGUGUAACCAGUGUAAUCUAGAUGAAAAGCAUUGCCAUUUCUAUAGUUGAUGGAAAUAGAUCACGUUUCAGUAGUAUGGAUAUGUAGUUUUGUUAAUUAAGUGAUCGACGUUGUUAGGAGAACAUGUAGAUUUUUCUAGCUCAUUUCGGUGGCAAAUUUGGGUGGGAUAUGGUUAGACUACCACAACGAUCCUUACAGCUAUGUGUAUACCUUGAUCAAAAGGAACAAACAUAACAAGCAGUAAAACGCAAUUCUAAAUUGCUGGAACUGAAUAAAUUGUGCAGUGAUAAUGAUGCUGUAUUUUAGCAUCAGUAAAUAAACAGAAAUGGUACGCAAUGAAUUCCUUAUUGUUUGUGUUCCCAGCUUUUGUGAUAAACCUGGAAACCAUUAUGAGAGAAGCCAACCUGCAACAUCGCCUUGUUAAUGCAAAUUACAUAUCGAUAGUUCGGGAAGCGCAAAGAUGCGUGCUUUCGGUUUCUGUCGCAGGCAUUCUACAGGCAUAAUUCAAUUAAUAGCUUUCCGCAUAUGUCUCUGUAACUAUGUCUACUGAUAUGCUAAAACUACCAUAUUAAAUAAGGGGAGCAAGUAUAUUUCUAUUAGAGGGUUGAACUCAAGCGGAGCUAUCACAUGUCUCACGAAUUGGUGGCUACCCUUUAGAGAGAACGCAAAAAAUAAGUUAAAAGCCUAACUUUUUUCUGACUGCAAACUUGCUUCGGCUUUAUCCAUAGCACUAGAUACCCGUGAAAUACUGUUUUCACUGGCACUUCUAAUAUGCAACUUUCAUUGUGGAUUUCUAGUAAGUAGCAAUAAACCGGCAGGUC